AGACACCGAAAAGAUCCUAUUUAUGAUCCGAUCCGAUUUAUGAUCCGUAACGCGUGUAUACUUGAAGGAUCCAACCACCACUUUCCAAUCGGGUCGAACUAGAAAUGAUGCUCCGGUUACUGAAGCACGGGAGAACUCCGGCGGGUCGCCUUUCCCGCCGAUGGAUGAGCAGCGGCAGUCAUAGCAAAACAACGGUGAUGAGCUUCGGUGACGGAAGCCAUGGAGCUUUGGGCCUUCCGUCGUCCAUCAUUGGUAUGGGCUCCGACGCUUACGAGCCUACUCCUAUACCGGGUCUCCCGCCGGACGUCGUUACCGUCGCCGCCGGUCACUUCCACUCCCUCGCCGUUACUUCUGAGGGACAUGUUUGGGCUUGGGGACGUAACAAUGAAGGCCAGCUUGGCCGUGAUCCUCUUUCUCCUAGAGAAACGUGGAAUGAACCAAAAAGAGUAGAAGGACUAAAUAAAGUAAGAGUUCAAGCCGCAUUUGCAUCAGGUGUCAUUUCUGCCGCCAUAGGAGAUGAUGGAUCUCUGUGGGUUUGGGGAAGUUCUAAGCGUGGGCAGCUUGGUCUUGGCCAAGGAAUCACCAACGCUGCAUUACCUUCGAAAAUUGAAACACUUUCUGGAGAAGAGAUUGUUAAGGUCUCAUUAGGUUGGGGACAUGCUCUUGCGCUAGCUAAGAAUGGGAAUUUGUUUGGCUGGGGAUACUAUGCAGAUGGUAGAAUCGGUAAGAUAGGAAGAGAGUUGGAGAUAUCUCCACUGGAAUCAAAUGGUACUAAACUUGGAUCAAGAGGAGAAUCUUCUGCAUUUGAAGCUGCUGAGAAGUUAGUCAUGGAAGCUAUCGAGAAGGAAAAGGAUAUGCCUAUAAUAUGGGAGCCCGGUUCAAUUGAGGAGCUACACGAGUUAAAAGUUGCAGAUGUAGCUUGCGGCCUUGAUCACUCUCUUGUCCUUUGCCGUGAUGGGACACUGUUUAGUGGUGGAAGCAAUGUGUAUGGCCAGUUAGGAAGAGCGAUAAAAGACUUGGGAAUGCAACCCGUUAAUAUAAACUUCCUUCCUCUCUCUAUAGCUUCGGGUCUUGGGCAUUCUUUGGCAGUUUGUAACGAUCCUUCAUCAGAAUCAACAGGAAAUGCAACCAGUGUUGUAUCAUGGGGAUGGAACAAAAGUUCUCAACUUGGGAGGGAAGGUCCAGACGACAUUCCUCAGGUUGUUGAAGGGCUGAUUGGUGAAUCACCUGUUUCUGUAUCAGGAGGACGAGCACAUUCCCUUGCUCUCACAACAAAGAAAGAGUUGUGGGCUUGGGGCUGCGGGAGGAACGGGAGGCUUGGUUUAGGCAGCUCUGCUGAUGAAGUGGAACCAAUGUUCGUUGAAUAUUUGGAAGGUUCUGAGGUUAUUCAAGCUGUUGCAGGUCUGGAUCAUAGUCUUGUUCUAGUUGGUGAAUAAAUCUUUGAUUUCUUAUU